CACAGUUCGAAAUUCUCCCCCAUCCCUCCUCAACUUUUAACAUACUACUAGAGAAGUUUUGAAAUGAAAAUUGUGCCUAGCGAGAAGAUUCAACCAGCCUGGUGGAGAGAAACCUCGGUGUACCAAAUAUAUCCAGCAUCUUUUAAAGACGCAAAUGGCGAUGGCUUCGGUGACCUUCAGGGUAUAUUGUCUAAAUUGGAUUAUUUAAAAGAAUUAAAUGUUGAAUCUAUUUGGUUGUCGCCAAUAUAUCCUUCACCUCUUAAGGAUAUGGGCUACGAUGUGUCAAACUACAAAGAAAUUGACGCCCGAUAUGGGUCUUUAGAGGAUACAAUCGUCCUAGCAAAGGAACUUCAUAAGCGUGGUAUGAAGCUUGUUAUGGAUUUGGUUCUAAACCACACUUCGGAUCAGCACGAUUGGUUUAAAGAAUCCCGCUCCUCUAAAACAAACCCCAAACGAGAUUGGUAUAUUUGGAGACCUGCAAAGUAUAAUAAGGACGGCAAGCGCUUACCUCCAAACAAUUGGAGAAGUUACUUCGAUACUUCUGCUUGGGAAUGGGAUGAAGCCACAGAAGAAUACUACUUGCAUCUUUGGGCACCCGAACAACCCGAUAUUAAUUGGGAGAGUCCAGAACUACGUAAGGCUGUUUAUGAUAUUGUUCGGUUUUGGCUAGAACGUGGAGUCGAUGGUUUCCGUUUAGAUGUCAUUAACAUGAUCAGCAAGAACCAAGAAUUCCCGGAUGCGCCUAUAACGGAUGAUCGCUACGAUUAUCAAAUGGGAUAUAAAUACUAUGCUAACGGUCCUCGAAUUCAUGAAUAUUUAAAAGAACUUGGAGAAAUUCUUCACGAAUAUAACGCUUUUUCUGUAGGUGAAAUGCCUCAUGUGGAAGACACGGAAGAAGUUCUUCGUGUUGUUGGAGCUGAUCGCCGUGAACUCACCAUGAUUUUUCAGUUUGAUUUGGUUAGUCUGGAUUUAGUUCCAGGAAAGCACAAGUACGUUGAAGGUACAUGGAAGCUUUCGGACCUGAAGAAGUCUGUCAAGAAAUGGCAGUCAGUGUACUUAAAAGGCGGAGGCUGGAAUGCUAGCUUUAUCGAAAAUCAUGAUCAGCCACGAACCGUCUCUCGCUACUUGUCGGAUUCGCCUGCUUAUAGAGCCCAAAGUUCCAAACUUAUGGCCCUCUUCAUUGUCUUCCAAGGUGGUACCCCUUUUGUGUACCAAGGUCAGGAGUUAGCCUUAGCCAAUAUUCCCAGAGAUUGGCCCGUUUCUGAAUAUGUAGACAUAGAAACACAGAAUUUUUGGAAGCUUUUUAUGAGCGGCAACCCUACACCAGAAGAAAUCCAGAAAACCAUGGACAUUGUUAAUAUGAGAGCUCGUGAUAAUGGCCGUACCCCCAUGCAUUGGGAUGGAUCUCCCAACGGUGGAUUUUGUCCGAAAGACGUCAAACCUUGGAUGAGAGUGACGGAAGAUUAUACUGAAUGGAACGCUUCCAGUCAAGUAGGAAAUCCCAAUAGUGUCUAUUCAUUUUGGUCAGCGUCUCUUGGGUAUAGGAAAUCCAUGAAGGAUGCUGUUGUAUAUGGAUCCUUUGAACUACUUUCCGAAGAAGAUCCUUCCAUUGUAGCGUUUGUGCGUGAAUCGAAAUCAACAGAAUUGUUGGUUAUAUUAAAUUUUACCGAGAAUAGUGUUCACUAUGAAUGUCCUCUACAAAUCGGAGGAUUCAAUGUGCUUUUGAAUAAUUAUGAGGAUCUAGAAAUUAAGGAAAAUGUCGUUCAUUUGAAUCCCUACCAGGGAAUACUUUUAAAGAAAUCUUUUACUGCAUAAAGAAUUGCUUGCAAUUAUAAUUUUGAUGAACUUUCCUUAUUCUUGAUAAUGAAGAAUACGUUAUCCUUCCAUGUUCUUCUGGUACAAUCAGAUUAAUAGAUUCACCUUUUUGAUGAUGAAUAUUAGAAGAGCUCUAUUUAUUACGUUGUGUCUUUCAAGAUAGGAACACACAAGAGAAAGCCAUCCAGCAAUAUCUUGUGCUUAUGCUCAAUGAGAAGCUUUAUUAUUCUAAUCUUCUGAUUACUGCCUUUUUAUUAUUUCUUAUAAAGCUGUGAAUGAUUAUGAAAAGGGUAGAAUUCAUCGUUGGUUUUUACAUCGUAAGAGCUAAUUUGGAAUUAUAGCCAUCAUAGUUUUGAAGUAUUGUCCAAAAAGAAAUGAAAGUUAAUACAAAAGUUGCUAACUUUUUUACGAUAAGUUAUUUCUCCUUUGAAACGUCCAUUGUCCAUCACUUUCUAAAAUGAUCCAUAAAACGUUAGUAAUCACAAAACUUUUUAGAAAUAAUUAAUCCAUUGAAUUUAUAUAAUAAGGAAGCCGUUAUCACUGAAUUGGGUAACGCCAGGUAAGAACAAGUCCA